GUCUCAUGUCGUGAACAGUUCCAACAUCUCAAAUGAGAAAGUAAAAAGAACUAGAGGGAGUAGUGUUUAUAAACUCCCCAAUUGAAUCAUUUGUAAAACUUGAACAAGUUUGAAUUCAAUGGCAGGGUCUUCUUCUGUUACUCCAAUCUUGAAAGAUGAGUUGGAUAUAGUGAUAGCCACAGUUAGAAAUCUUGAUUUCUUGGAAAAGUGGAGGCCUUUUUUCCAGCACUACCAUUUGAUCAUUGUUCAAGAUGGUGAUCCUUCAAAAACCAUUAAAGUGCCAGAAGGGUUUGAUUAUGAGUUGUAUAAUCGCGAUGACAUCAAUAGAAUUUUGGGUCCUAAAGCUUCUUGUAUCUCUUUUAAAGAUUCUGCUUGUAGGUGCUUUGGAUUUAUGGUUUCCAAGAAGAAAUAUGUGUACACCAUUGAUGAUGAUUGUUUUGUUGCCAAAGAUCCAUCUGGCAAGGAGAUGAAUGCAGUUGAGCAGCAUAUACAGAACCUGCUAUCGCCAUCAACUCCGUUUUUGUUCAAUACUCUGUAUGAUCCUUACAGAGAUGGUACUGAUUUCGUCCGUGGAUACCCCUUCAGUCUCCGGGAGGGUGUCCCUACUGCAGUUUCUCAUGGUCUCUGGCUCAACAUCCCCGAUUAUGAUGCCCCCACUCAGCUAGUCAAGCCUCUGGAGAGGAACAAUAGGUUUGUUGAUGCAGUGAUGACUGUUCCAAAGGGAACUCUGUUUCCGAUGUGUGGGAUGAAUCUUGGAUUUAACCGUGAGUUGAUUGGACCUGCAAUGUACCUGGGACUCAUGGGUGAUGGCCAACCAAUUGGCCGCUACGAUGACAUGUGGGCUGGCUGGUGCACCAAGGUGAUAUGCGACCAUUUAGGUUAUGGGGUGAAAACAGGUCUUCCCUACGUCUGGCACACCAAAGCGAGCAGCCCUUUCGCCAACUUAAAAAAGGAGUACAAAGGCAUAUACUGGCAAGAAGAGCUGAUCCCCUUUUUCCAGGCUGUUACACUACCAAAGGAAUGCACCACAGUUAAAAAAUGCUAUCUUGAACUAUCCAAGCAAGUCAGAGCAAAGCUGGGGAAAGUAGAUGAAUACUUCAACAAGCUAGCAGAUGCUAUGAUAACAUGGAUCCAAGCUUGGGAUGAGCUUAACCCAUCUAAAGGAGAAGCAGGUCAUUUGAAUUAAGAGAGGGUGUUAGCAUUUUAUUUCAAUAAUUAUAUGACAUGAAUCAUAUUUCUUGAUCCAACCACUCCUGUUAUGCAACAAUUUAACAUCCUUGUAUAUUUUCUUUUGUUAUGCAAUGUUACUAUUAUCAUAAUUUAAAAAAGAAAUCAUUUUGAUUGACUAA